CCAGCAUCCUUUCAAGAUGUCUACUGUCCACGAAAUUUUAAGCAAGCUCAGCCUUGAAGGAGAUCAUUCUCUCCCACCAAGUGCGUACGCCACGGUUAAGGCCUACUCAAAUUUUGAUGCUGACCGGGAUGCUGCAGCCCUGGAAACAGCCAUCAAGACUAAAGGUGUGGAUGAGGUCACCAUCAUCAACAUCCUGACAAACCGCAGCAAUGAACAGAGGCAGGACAUUGCUUUUGCCUAUCAGAGGAGAACCAAAAAGGAACUUUCUGCAGCACUCAAGUCCGCUCUGUCAGGUCAUUUGGAGGCAGUGGUCUUGGGCUUGCUGAAGACUCCGGCACAGUAUGACGCCUCUGAAUUGAAAGCUGCCAUGAAGGGGCUGGGAACUGAUGAAGACACGCUCAUUGAAAUCAUCUGCUCUCGAACAAAUCAGGAGCUGAGCGAGAUUAACAGGGUCUACAGGGAACUGUACAAGACAGAACUUGAAAAGGACAUAAUAUCAGACACAUCUGGUGACUUCCGCAAGCUAAUGGUUGCCCUGGCCAAGGGCAAAAGGUGCGAAGAUACCUCUGUGGUUGAUUAUGAGCUGAUUGAUCAAGAUGCCAGGGAGCUCUAUGAUGCUGGUGUGAAGAGAAAGGGAACUGAUGUCCCCAAGUGGAUCAACAUCAUGACUGAAAGAAGUGUCCCACACCUGCAGAAAGUGUUUGACAGGUACAAGAGCUACAGCCCAUAUGAUAUGUUGGAGAGCAUCAAGAAGGAGGUUAAGGGAGAUUUGGAGAAUGCCUUCCUUAAUCUUG